GAAAAAGACAGGACAUGAAUUUCCUGGAACUUCCGGAAUAAAAAAACAAAACAAUCAUAUGACUUGUAUUUGUAACAACCAAGAAAGAAAAUCAUAAAAUCUUAAAAUGGCAUUAGCAGCAGCAAGGGGAAAGUUAAUUGCAGUUAUUGGAGAUGAGGACACUUGUGUCGGCUUCGUUCUUGGUGGGCUUGGUGAAAUGAAUAAGAACAGAACUAGUAACUUCAUGGUUGUUGACAAAAAUACAAGCAUUGGAGAAAUAGAAGAAACAUUCAAAAACUAUUUGAAAAGAGAUGACAUUGCUAUAAUUCUUAUCAACCAAAAUGUAGCUGAAAUGAUUCGCCAUGUAAUAGACAGCCAUGAUCUUCCCAUUCCAUCAGUUUUAGAAAUUCCCAGCAAAGAUUCUCCAUAUGAUCCAUCUAAAGAUUCUAUACUUAGGAGAGCCAAGGGUAUGUUUGCUGCUGAAGACUUCAGAUAAAUUAGAGAGAUGGAGACUGAAAUUCUAUAAUCAAUUCCACAAUCUCUUUUAUUUGGGGCCAUGUACUAGUGAUGUGUCAUCAUAACCUAGCAUUCUGUAUACUCGGAUGAUUUUUUUUCACACCUAUUGAUCAAAUAUUUAACUUUAACAAUUUAAACAUCUGUAAAGGGUCAACUUGAGCUGUGCUAGAAAGAAAUGACAGCACAAAGAUGUACAAAUCUUGUUCUUAGUGUAGCAGUAGUGUCAAUGUGUAGACAUAUUGUAACUGUAUUUUUGUGGAACUUUAAAUGCUGUGAUAAGAUGUAAUUGUAAGUAUUGAAACGAAGUUUUUGGAUGUCAGGUUUUGUGAGAGCUUUUGAUUGGCAUCAGAGUGAAUUUGGGCUGUUUAUAUUUAUUAGAUCUUAUGUCAGCAUUGAUGAGUGUACUUUUUGUUGUUGUUUUUUUUUUUAAUAAAAUUGAUUUCUUCUUGAAUAAACAGCUACCAGUACUAAA